GCAUUUAGACUCAGGCAGGCCCUGCUCUGCUCUGCCCCUUCGACUCUGGAGCGCCAAGUUGGGAAACUCCAUCUCCCACCGAGAGAAGAGUGACCUCACCGCGCGGUUGGUGCAUGCCAGUGCUCUAUUCCAGUGCAGUGCAGAGAGGUGCCACACACGGACGGCAUGGAGUUACAAGUUUUGGCAAUCGCCACCUCGGUCUUGACAUUGGCCUUGGCCUAUGUUUACAGAUUCAUCACUUCAAAAUUCAACUACUUUCAAAAGCAAGGAAUCGAUGGACCAAAACCAUCGUUUCCAUUUGGCACUUGGAAAGGAGCUUGGAAAAAGAAUUUUGGAGAGAAUGAUUUGAAUAACGUCAAGACGUAUGGCCAAACGUUUGGAUCAUUCGAUGGCAGAACUCCGAAUCUUAUUGUAUCAGAUCCACAUCUAAUCCAGAAGAUACUUGUCGAUAAAGCUGAUAAGUUUCACAGUAACAGGGCUUUCCGUGUGAAACAAAAAACCUUACAUGAAGUGAUGCGUUCAAUUGAGGGUGGUGGUGAUGUAGAAGUUAAUAAGUUACUGAGUCAAGCUCUGAAUGCAGCAAAAGUCAAGAAACUGUUCACAAGAAUCGUCAAAACUGUUGACUUAUUUGUGGAAGGAUUCAAGAAGGAAGCUGCACCCGAGAAAGUGAUUAAUGUCAACGAACAUGUAUCGAGAUUCAUAACAGACGUUCUGGCAUUCACACUUUUCUCUUUCGACCUAGCGGCCGAUAAUCAGAUACGAACGAAAUUCGAAAGAGCCAUUGGAAAAAUGUUCACAGUCCAGUAUCCUGAUUCAAUAUUUUCUGUCACACCUUUUGUAUUCGAAUCGCUUGGAUCACUGGACAACUUCAUUUUGAAACCAGCUUACACAAGAUAUUUGGCCGGCGUUGCUGAACUAGUGAUUGAUGAGAAAAAGAAGACAUCUGAUGUGAAACCUGAGGGAAGAGCUCUCGAUCUAGUGGACCUUCUUCUAGUAGCAGCUGAAGAAGAGAAACAGGCAGCAGCCAAAGAGAAGGGAGUCGACUCAGAUAAACUCGAUUCAGAAGGGAUCCUUUCUAAAGAGCAGAUGAUUAAUGUGUGUAUGCAAGUACUUUUGACUGUGGGAGGAGCCACUAAGCAAACACUAGCAAUGUCCAUCUAUGCCCUGGCAAAUAACACCAAUGUACAGGACAAGCUACAAGCUGAAGUUGGAAAACAACUCAACAGAUAUGGCGAAAUAAAUUACGAAUUCAUAAACGAGUCUGAAUAUCUGGAUAUGUUCCUUGGGGAAAUUUUAAGAAUCUAUCCAACAGAAUAUAGACUUGAGCGAAAAACAUUUGAAGAGAUGAAGCUUGACGAAAUCACACUCACCCCUGGCACAAUGGUUUCCAUUCCGAUCUAUGCAGUGCAUCACCUUGAAGAGUUCUACCCGGAACCUGAGAAGUUCAUCCCUGAAAGGUUUUCACCGUCCAACUUUGACAAACGCAAUCCACACACCUACCUGCCAUUCGGCCAAGCUGGUUCCAACUCUUCCAACAUAGGCGUGCAGCUUGGAGUGCUCAUUGCCAAAUUGGCUAUUGUCAGUCUCAUCAAAUCUGUAAAGCUUGCUACGGCAGAGAACCCACAAAAUGAGGUAUCGUCACCAUUCGUGAGCGGUGUAACAGGGGUCCCUCAGCCGAAGACGAUCUUUGUGAGAGCUGAUAAGAAAGAAGAGUGAUUUCAAAUACAUAACAUCGUUUCAUUACUGUUGAAACCUUCACCAACACUCAACUCCAGUUUGCUCUACAUUUUAUCGAUAGUAAAGUAGAUGUGGGUGAUCUUAAGUUUCACAUACAACUCAAUUUUGUUAAGAAUGUAUUUGUGUUUUGAUAAUAAUUUUAUAAGUUCUGAUGUAACAUUUUACUGUAUUUGAAUGAUAAUAAAAAGUAGAUGUUUUCUCUUGUACCA